GCGCGUAUGGAUGGCGGAAAGCGUUUUUUUGAAUACGCGUAAAAAGGGCAGCAAAAAGGGCAGCAAAAAAAUGCGCAAAAAAAGCAUUAAACUUGUUAGCAAUUAUUGGCCCACAUAACAGCCUUCGAAUAGACGUAACUACUCCUAUUUUUUUUACCUUCUUAUCGUCGUAUUGAAGCAAUUCCUGUGUGCAUGUUUUGAUGAAAACACCCGCAAAGGAUUAAAGGCUGCUUAAAAAAAAAAAAAAAAAUUCGGAAGAACCAAAACUGCAACGUGAACAUUUUUAUGUAUACAAAUUUAUCUAUUCAAGUAAGGACGCAUGGUUUAGAAAGGAGAGGAACCCCACCUUUGAAUAAUUUCCAGCUGUUCAGGAGAACACAUAAACGCGUCGAAUAAAUACUGAAGCGGACGUUGAAGAAUUCCAAACUGCCAGCAAAUUCGCCUGUACUCCCCCACGACGACAUUUCAUAUACUUAGCAAAACCGUUUAAGAUAAAACUUUCGGAAGAUGAUAGUUGAAAAUAACCUUCCAGAAAUUAAUGAGGCAUAUGACGUUAUAUACGAAGAAGUAAAAUUAGAAGAUUUCGAAUUUGACGAAACGAUUAAAACAUUUUUUUACCCAUGCCCCUGCGGAGACAUUUUUGAAGUAACUCUGGAAGGCAUUUUAAAGGGCGAAGAUGUUUUAAGAUGCCCAAGCUGCUCAUUAACCAUUAAAAUAGUAUACAGCCCGAAUGACUUGAAGAAGUAUACUUCGGAUGCGUAA